AUGUCUGAGGAUCCGCAAACGUGGGUGUUCCCACCACCGGGUGCUGCGUCGCCGCCGACGAGUCAAACGGGCAAUUUUGGACCGGUUUACCCAAAUGACACGAUCAUUUUGGACUGGACUCCUCGAACUGAGACACCACUUAUUGGCCUGGGCUGCUGGAAUGGCUCCAACCACUUUGAUACUGAUAUCCGAUCCGACUCGAUCUCAAAAGGACAAACAGCACCCGUCAGGUACACUUUCAACCAACGAUUUACCAUUAAAGAUGACGUAGAGACGCUCUACUGCCACUUUACCUUUACUGGUACCAACAAUGGUAACACUGUCGUGUGGGAAUUUGAAAAAGGGAAAGCAUCCGAACAACGCACAUUUUCAUCACCUGCAAGCACAAACUCGACCGUGAGUUCAUCAUCGAAUGAUGCUACAAACUCAACCACAAAUUCACCAUCGAAUAACGCUACACUCAGCGCUGGAGCCGCUGUGGGUAUCGGUGUCGGUGCAACAGCAUUUGUAUUCCUGGUGAUAGGCGCUGGGCUCCUGUUUUGGAUGCGCCGUAGGCGACAGCCCUUUGCACGGCAGAUUCCGUCAACAUCGUCGGCGGCAAUGACCUACGAGCCUGUAACCCAAUUCCAACCUUCUUCUCAGUCGCACACUACCGAUGUCAGCAUGGUUGGUGAACUCGAGCAGCCAGAAUACCGUGCACCCGCUCGGGAACUUCACGGUCUCCCCAGCACAAUAAUCAGUGAACUCGGAGACAAUAUUGGCACCGACGAGCACAUUGAUGGCUAUAAAUACCGGGCUAGUUGA